GCCUGCCCACAAGGGCAAAUCGCCAUUCCUUCGAGAUAGCAUGUAAUAAGAAAGCGCCUGGUAUUGCUCAGAAAGAAAAGGAAGGCACGGAAGCCUCUCUCCACGAAACGCACCUUGCCUGGAGUGCUUAGGUCAUCAUGGCUGCCAGCAACCAGGCUUUGCUGCGACCUGGCGUACGAACGGGAAUCUGUAAUCACCCUCAGAUAUCCGCGCAUGGCACUUGCAGAAUAGGAAAGGAUGAGGCUUUAGCAAGGUGGCACUGCUUCGGGAAAGGGCCAUCAAUAGCUGCCACUACUAUAGGCCGUUUCGUGCAAUGGAGAACCGGAACAGAUAGAGCAGCAAAUCAUAGUUCUGUGUCGAGUUUGAAUCUGCCGGACAUCAGUAGACAGAGAAGUUGGCUGCAGGGACGGGCCCUCAAGAGUGCAGGAGUGAUGCGGCACCGGACCGAGGAGACUCGAUGGCGUGCGUGUGCUGCUAUACCAGAUAUUGACCCGCCACCUCUUCAAGAGGAGGAAGUCACCCUGCCCGACACAGACGAAGUCAGAGAAACGGUGGCUAUAAAGCUGCCUGGCCGGAGGUCACUACAGAUACAAUUCACGUGCAAUGCUUGCGGGACCAGAUCAACGAGACUUCUCAAUCCGUUCGCUUUUACGAGGGGUACAGUGUUCGUCCAGUGUGCUGGAUGCGAAAAGUAUCAUCAACUAGUCGACAAUCUGGGACUUAUAAAAGAGUACAAUCUUAAAGAGGAGCGGGAAAAUGAUGCUUUGGCCGCAAGUGGACAAAACGAGGACACUUCUUCGGAAAGCAUGUAAAAAAGCAAGCACGUCAAACCAUGCGGACUGGCCCUUGUGUUUACUUCGCGACCACACUUGUGACC